CUCGCGCGGCGGGUGUGUGAAAAGAUCCAGCCCGUUACUUCAAGGUUAUCUCCUAGAGGAGCCUCACUUUACGGAUCCUAUGGGAUUCCUGAUAACCACAGUGCUUCUCUGGGCUGCUGUCGGAGUGGGAAGCCGGCCAGUAACCUCACCCCUGAAAGAUGCAAAGGUUGAAUGUAUUAUUCAGGAGACACUGAAUGAAGAUGUGCCUCAUAAUGAGUGCAGCCCGCAGCUUGCAGAAGAACUUGAUGAAGUGCAAAGACAUCAGGGCCUACUCAGGGAGCUGCAGAAGCUAGCUGGAGAUGAAAGAGAAAGGGAGCGAGAGGAUGAGAGGGAGCACUACGACUACAGCCUGGAUGAAGAUGAGGGUGACUUUGAAGAUGAAGAUGAUGAGGAGGAGGAAGAGGAGGACAAAGAUGUGACCAACCUUGCACAAAAGACUGAUGACAAGAAAGAAGCUAAGACAGAGGUAGAUGACACCAAGGAUAAGACAAAGGAGGAGGGAGGGACAGAAGAUAAAGGGAGGGACUCUGAAGAGGAGAGAGCCAAGGAGCUGGAGGAGCUGCUAGCCGAAGAGAUUACAAAGAAAGGGAAGGAGGAGAAGAAUGAUGAAGAGCUGAAAGAGCUGCUGAAAGAACUGAAGAAGAAACGUUACGAGGCAAAGGAGAGGGAGAGCCAAAAAGGCACAGCAGCAGAGCAGAAAGAGGAGGCGAAAAAAGUGGACCAACAGAAGGACGCAACAACAGAGGAGGAGUUGGAGAAACAGAGGAUGGAGGAGAGGAGGAAGAGUGAGGUGGAGCUGAUGGUGGAGAAGGAGAAGGUGGAGAAGGAGCUGAAGGAGCUGCUCAAAGAUCAGGACAGCAAGAACAGACCGGAGCAGGAGAAGGAGAGGAAGGAGAAGCAAGAGGAGCUGGAUGAACUCGUCAGGAAGAUGAAACGGGUGCAGGAGGAGGAGGAGGAGCAGGAGACGCAGAGAGAGAAGAAAGAGGAUGGUGUGGGUGACAAGGUGACAGAGGAGAAGAGUGCCAAGAAAGAGGGAGAAGACAAGGUGGAGACUGGUCAGAAAAUUGAGAAGGAAGUCAAGCCAAAGGAAGAGGCAGGAGAGGUUAAGGAGCCGCAGCAGAAGAGAGUGAUGGAGAAAGCCAGUGAUGAAGCCACACGGCAGUUUGAGCGGGAGAGAUACAAGGACGAUGAAGAGGAGGAUGAGGAUGAAUACGUCAGAGAGGAUGGGCAGGAGGAAAACGAGGAGCAGGGAGAAGCUGAAGAAGAUGAAGGGGAGGAGCUGCUGGAGAUUGAAGCAGAGUUGCGCAAAGUUGCUGCAGAGCUGAGGGAGCUCCGCCGAGGAUAAGACACACAAACAUCCAAACGCACACACAGCAGACUGACAAAACCCUUUGUUGCAUUCGGUCACACAUUCAUCUCGUACAUUUUCUAUUUAACAGCCUUCAUUUCCCCUCAGCACUCAGAGAAAUGUCUUCAGUAGAAACAUGAGUAGAAUCUGUCGUUUCUAUUCUGCUUGUAGAUCUCCUAGAGAAGAUUUCACAUUUUCCACAGUGCUCAUUUGAAUGCAAGAGUGUUGAGGAAAAGGAGAGGCUUUAUUUCUCUGGAUUCUUAAAGGUCUUUGUGUCCAUGUACUGUACACCCGAGUCCUGGUCUCAGUCCCUGUAAAUGCUGUUUGUAAGGUAGACAGGUGAUUGUACUCUAGUUAUCAACUACCAUGGAUGUAAAGCAUUCAGAGAUUUUUAUUUUUGUCUGCAGAACAACACAAGCACCAUCAUCUUUUAAAUCUGCAUUCUGGCAUCAGUGCUUCUUUUCUCUGCAGGUAUCAACAUCGAUGGUGUAUUCUUACUGAGAACACAGAUUCUCCUCUAGAAGUGAUGUGUGUAUUUUAAUGUAAAUUUUGUGCAAUAACCAUGUGUGCGCUGUUCCUGCUGUUCUGACUGUUAAACAAUAUGUACUGCUGAUAUUUCUACACAGGAGUCAGUGAUUAUGUCCUCUUGUUUUUUUGACGAUAGAGUAGAAAAAACAAGGAUUGUGUUUCUUUGGCUCAUGCACUGUUAAAACCCGACUGUUUGUGAAGAACCGGGGUGACACGAACAAAACAGAGGAGGUUGAAAAUUCUGCACACCGACACUUGUUAGAGAGAUAUGGUUCGUGUGCGGUGACAGCAUGUGAUGUGCUUAGAGCUUACAAGGUCUAAAAGUGUCACUUCAGGUUCUCAGCCAGCUUUGCACUCUUAUCUUAACAAGCCAAGGACGAGUUGAGGGAAGAGGGAGACAAUAAAGCCAUUCUGUUGUCUUUGUAGUGACAAUUACAUUGAUAAAUUCGCCGUAUUGUUACAUCACAGUUUUCACGGCUUUAUGUCAUUUUUGUAAAUACAAGAAAUUCUGGUCUGCAAGCCAAGGUCAUUGGGAACCUAAAGCAACAGCGCCCCCAAGAGGAUUUUUAGUAGAAAUGUAUAAAAUGCAGUAUAAACAGGGUUACCAUUGGAGGCAAAUUUAAUGCAAUAACAGUAUUUAGACUUCAGCACAUAUGAAUGCAAUAAUUAGCCAAAUGAUCAAAUAUUUUAUGUGUUUUCAUAUGUAAUCAAAUGCAUCAUAUUGUACUCACAAAACAGGUAUAAUCUUUUUCUACACAGCCAAAAUUUACCAGACUAGUCAGCUAUUAAAACAGGCAGUAAUACCACAUAAUCAGUUGACACUGAUGAGCUCAUUACAAACUAUUCCAAAGAAGAGAUUUUUGUUCGCUUUAGAGAAACAAAAAAAGUGUAAAAACUGUUUUUUCUUUUUCUAUAGAAGUGCACAGUGUUUCAAAAAUAUGUAUCAAACAAACCAGCAAGAAAAAGUAGAAAAUGUCUGUGUUGAAUGGGUGGAAUAAUGGCACAGAGGACAUUUCAAACAACAGGUUAACAACACCAUUUGUAAUAUUGGCCAAUCAGAGUGCUGUAUUUUGUGCCUGCUGUAUCUUCUUCUAUGCUACCUGUCGAUCAAUCAAUAAAAGAAACUGUAUUUAACCAUUUUGGGUCACCUGCUUGGUUUGUCCCCUUAUAAACACAGCAGAAAAACUUAACCAUGAUUCCAAAAAAGUUUGGACAUAGUGUAACAUGAAUAAAGACAGAAUACAAUGAUUUGCAAAAUUUUUUUCAAGAUAAAAAAAAAACAAGAUAUUUAAUGUUAAAAGAGAAAAAUUGAUUAAAGUUUUUAAGAAAAUAUUUAACUUCCGAAUAAGAUGCAUGCAGCUCACUCCAAAACAAGUUGGGACAAGGGAAAUUAAAGACUGGGGAAGUUGUGACAUGCUCAAAUCACCUGGAACAUUUCACCAGUGGGUAGGAUAAUUGGUAUUAGUCGAUAGUACCGUGCUAUAAAAGGAGCACUCCUGCACAGCUCAGCUGUUCACAACCAACACAGGGACAAUGAACGACAUUACACAACAUGCAACUGCAAAGAAUUCAGAGGUUUCACAAUCCACAGUUAUCAAAAGAUUCAGGAGAGUUUGGAGAAAUCUUUGCAUAUACAGGCCAAUGCAAAAUUCCAGCAUUAAAUGUCUGUGACCUUCGCCUCCACAGCAUUAAAAACCAGCAUCAUUCUAUGAUAGAUAAUACAGCCUGGGCUUUGGGAAUCCGUGAGAAAACCCAUCAGUUAGUUUGCAUGUGCAGUAUGUUGAUGCAUCUACAAAUGUAAACAAAACUUGACCACGCAAAGCCAAAGCUAUAUAUCAACAGCAUCCAAAACAUCACCAACUUGGCUUAGCUGAGCUCAUUUGAGAUGGACUGGCCUAAAGUGGGAAAGUGUACUGUGGCCUUAUGAGUCCACCAUCAAGAUCGAUUGAUGUGCAGCUCAAAAGCCCACAUCUGUUAGGGUAUGGGGAUAUACUAGUGCCCAUAGCAUGGGUAAUUUACACAUCUGUAAAGCACUGUCAGUAUUGAGAAAUUUGUGCAGGUUCAAGAGCAGCAUAUGCUUCUAUCCAGAUGUCUUUUUCAUAGAUGUCUCUGCUCAUUUAAGCAAAACAAUAUUAAGCUACAGUCUGUAUGAGUAACAGAAUGGCUUUACAAUUAAAUAGUGUGGGUACCAGACCAGCCUGCGUGCAGAGUAUGAAAAUGCAAACCUUUAACGUAGGAGCAACUUAAGAUGUACUUCAGCAAGAAUUAGAAAUAAUUCUAGUUUUAGUACUUCAACAGUAAAGUGUCUUUAGAGUCCCUGGAUGCUCACGUAGUGUUGUUAGAAGAAAAUGUGAUGUGACACAGUGGUAACUGUGUUGCUGUCACAACUUUUUUGAGCAUGUUGCAGGCAAUAAAUUCAGAAUUUGUGUAUAUUUCUUAUUAUUCUUGUUGUUUUGCUGUUUCAGUUGAAUACAGGUUGAAAUCACUAGGGAAGGUUUGCAAAUCUCUGUAUCUUGCUUUGAUACCCAGUUUAAACACGGUCCCAAUCUUUUUGGAAUUGGGAUAUAUAGUUUAAGCUUGCAAAUGAGACUUAACAGCUACACAUCUGUAAAUUGUUCAUUAACAGCUUGUUAUUUUAACUUUAUUUUAAAAUGAACCCUGCACAUUAAACCUUUUGACUAUAUUAAGUUAACAUUAGUGUCUUUUAUAUGCAUGUUUUAUAUAGAAACACUGGGUUUCCAUACAUUAACAUUUAGACUGUCAUUUGUAUGCAAUGCACUCUGGGUAGUAAUGUCAUCUGGCUGUCUUUCACGCACAUCAUUUGGAUUCUACUCACCUUGAGACAAAUCAUCAUAGCUUCUUCCAUUUUUCCCUUUUCACUAUUACUACGCUUGGGUUUAAAAUCAAAAAGGUUUAAAGAAUGACACUCCAUAAUAGGGAAUAAUGCAGCCAUGUUUCAGCCUUCCUGUGGAGUGUCAUCCAAAAAACCUUUCUGUGAUUUUAAACUCAGGUACAUUUGGAGUGAAGUGGACAGUAUGGAAGAAGUAAUUGUAAUCCAAAUCAUGGUGGAUGCAUUGGAUCCAGAUGACAUC